AUGGGCGGAAAUACUUCAAUAUUGGCUCCAAGGCUACUUUCGAAUGCGAUUUCGUUAUCAUCCUACGUGGAUAUUCUCGACCAAGUCAAUUUCGGCAAAACCAUCCAAGAUAACCGAUUCCUUAAAUCAAUACAAUGUUCUGACUCUAAAAAUAAUGGGGAAUUACUUUUAAUAAAGUUGUUUAUUAAACCUGACACCAUUAAUAACACUAAUGCCGAUGAAGCUGGCGUUUUAGAUUUGCAAUACUGGAUAAAAAUUCUAGACAAACAGCGAUCUAUUUUAUCGAAAAUCUCUGGAGUAGUUCCUUUUAGCAAAAUUAUUGAAACCAGCAGAGCAGCGUACUUGAUCAGACAGUAUUUAAACAACAAUCUUUAUGACAGACUAAAUACUAGACCAUUUUUAGAAAACAUUGAGAAACUAUGGAUAACAUAUCAAUUAUUGAAUAUACUUACUGAAUGCCAUGAGAAUGGGGUUUAUCACGGUGACAUAAAAACUGAAAACAUAUUGGUAACAAGUUGGAAUUCUGUCUUUCUAACUGACUUUGCAUGCUAUAAACCGGUUUAUUUGCCGGAGGACAACCCGGGAGAAUUUGUGUUUUAUUUCGAUACUUCCCAGAGAAGAAAUUGUUAUUUAUCUCCCGAAAGAUUUUUAUCAAAAGAUCAAGUACCUACUAAGAUUGAUUUUGGAAAUUUAUCCGAGAGUGAUCGUUUUGUAUUGGAAAAAAUGGAUAUCUUCAGUUUGGGAUGUGUGAUUGCAGAAUUGUAUCUUGAAGGAGGUUCCAUUUUCACGUUAUCUCAAUUAUUUAAAUAUAGAAAUGGCGCAUAUUAUCCUAACUUGGAUAAUAUAAAUAAUGAAAACUUGAAAAAAAUGGUUCAAAGUAUGAUCAGCUUGGACCCAAGCAAUAGAAAGUCGGCAGCAGAGUAUUUACAAGAGUUCAAAGAAAUCUUGUUUCCAAGCUCCUUCUACUCAUUCUUGGGUGACUAUAUCAAAGACUUGAUUUAUAUCAAUAAUAUUGAAGGUACAUAUAAGGAAUCUAGUGGACGGAAAGUCGGUGUUAGAAUAGGGGACGACUAUUAUGAUGACAAACUUAAAGAAUGUGACCAUCGGAUCAUAAAAAUGUAUUCGGAGUUUGAUAAGAUAUGCCACGCUUUAAAGCUUCAGUAUAAAUAUUAUGAUGAAACUUAUUCUGCGAAAUUUCAUGGAAACAAGCGAAAGCUCAAUGAAGUACCAUUAUUCCCCCUAUCUUUCAACUUAAAAGGAAUACCUAAAGGCUAUAUCAUGAAAUCAUCUAGAUAUGUUGCCGCCCAGAAUAGCUCUGUUGAUUCUAACAAUAGUGUGGCUUUAAUUCUCUUAAACAUAGUGGUCUCCUCCCUUCGAAAUACCCAUGUCGCUUCGUCCAGAAUCAAGGGGGUAGAAUUGUUGGUGGCAUUGAGUGAAAAAAUCCGUGAUGAAGAAAAAUUGGACCGUGUCAUCCCUUUUUUGAUGUCACUUUUGAGUGAUGACUCCAUAGAAGUUAGAAUGAUUUCUUUGAAGGCGUUAGCACAAAUAUUUUCAAUGGUUGAUGUAAUUACCCCUAUCAAUGCUCUAAUAUUCCCAGACUAUAUCUUUCCAAAGCUCAAAAGUUACCUCACCAGAGAUUACUGUUCUAGCUAUGAAAAAAUGUUUUUUGCUGUUAUACUACCCAAUAUUGCGUUAAAUGCUGUCCGAUUUUAUGAUAUGGGACAGGUUCUUAAAUCAACCACUGAUUUCCUUAACCUCAAUGAAAGUAUGGUUGACACAUUGGACUUGGAGAGUAUUAACCCUGAAGAUGAGUCUCCUGGAGAUUCCCCUGCGGUUUCCAGGACCUCGCUAAUGGAAUGGAUUGAAUUAUUCACAUUAGUGGUAUUAACUGGAGACGAAAACACCAAGAUUUCUUUUCUAUCUGAUAUUCAUGUUUUGUGCUCAGUGAUCAGUAAGGAGAAAACGAAUGAUAUUGUAUUGAGCCAUUUGAUCACUUACUUGAAUGAUAAAAGCUCUUAUUUGAGACUAGCCUUUGUGGAAUCUAUCAUCGGUAUUUCGGUAUCUGUUGGUAUGGUUAGUUUGGAACAGUAUAUCCUUCCUUUGUUGAUACAAUCAUUAUCAGAUUCUGAAGAGUUCAUCAUCAUUCAGGUAUUAAAUAAUUUAACUCAAUUGGUAAACUUGGAUCUUAUUAGCAAAAAAAUCAUUUGGGACCUCACCAAAAUUAUAUCCAAGUUGAUUCUACAUCCAAAUGAAUGGAUUAGGCAAAGCUCACUAAUUUUCAUUAUUUCAGUGACGGAAAAGCUAUCUUUGGCAGAUGUAUUUUGUACAUUGUACCCUAUCAUUCGACCUUAUUUCGAAUAUGAUGUUACAGAGUUCAAUUGGGAUACAUUAUACCCAUGCACAAAAAAGCCAAUUUCUAGACCCAUUUAUAAUCUUGCCUUUAGCUGGUACUUGAGGGCAACAAAUACAGCAUUUUGGGGUGGUAAAGACACUGCAAAGACUAAAAAAUUGUCUGCUGAAUCUAAUAAUAAUGAUUUAUCAAUUACUAGAUCAAUCACCGGAAUCAUCUCCAAAGUUGCAAUAAGAGAUCGACAAAAAUCUUUGAAUAAUGGAUCUGCUAGUGAUUCUGGUCGAAUUUCGACAUCUGUCAAUGGAACUUCCAUCCAAUUGACUAAUGAGGAUAAAUUGUGGGUGAAGAGAUUGAAAGCUUCAGGCUUGCAGGAAAAUGAUUUAUGGAAAAUUUACGCUUUAAGAGAUCAUAUUUCUAAAUCAGCCAGGUCCCAAAACAUCAAGACUAAACCUGCCAAUGUCAUUACUAAUAUUCAGCAAUUAAAAGUCUUUCCUAGAAGCGUAUUUUUAGAUAUUGUUUUCAAAUCACCAGAAGAUUCACAUUUUAGACCCUUGCCUGGUUUUGAUAUUCAUCACCAAAAUGCAAUUGAAGUCGUGGCUACCAGUAAACGCAAAGAUAAUAUUAUUCAUUUGAGCCCUCAAAUUAAUGACAGGCCUUUUGAUUCGGAAAGUAUUUUUAGUGGAGUAUCACAAGCGACAAGUGCUUGGAAUACAAACUUGGUUCCUCCAGUUUCUGAGGGAACCGGCGCAUUAUUGGUAGCAAUGCGGAAGGCGACGCCGUCCCUCUUAACGAAUCAGGAAAAUAUUUAUGGUGAGCUUGACAGUAUUCAUCAAAAUUUAUCCGCAAGCUCCUUAGAUGUUGGGUCUAUUACAAAAUCUUCAAAACUCAAUACUGCUAUUGUUCCAUCGAUGACCCAUACUUAUACAGGAAAUAAUGAAAAUAUCUUAAGAUUUUUGGAACACUACGACUUUUCCAUUACUCUUGAUCAUUAUUAUGAGUUUGGACCUUCGAUAAAUUUACCAGUAGGAGAAAAUUCUCACAAUAUUGAUAUCAAUAAUAGUCAAAGUUGGCCUCCAAAAGGUAUAUUAGUGGCACAUUUGCUAGAGCAUAAAGGUGCAAUCAAUUGCCUAAGCGCGUCGCCUGACUUCUCCUACUUUUUAUCCGGUAGUGAAGACGGCUAUUUGAAGAUUUGGGACUCUAUGAGAUUGGAAAGAAAUGUUACAAGCCAAUCGCUUUUGUCAAUUAACUUGAAGUCACCGGUGAAAAACAUCUGCUUUAUUGAGAAUAGAGAUUGUUUUGCGGUGUCAACGAAAUCAUCAAUUAGGAUUUUUAGAGUGUCCUUCUCUUUAGGGUCGCGCUCAAACAGAAAUUCCAGUAGAGAGCAUUAUAAAAUCAAGAAUUUAGUGCAAAUCAGAUCGUAUAGCUUUUUCAAACAAGGAGAAUUUGCCACAUCUAUGGGUUUUGCUAAUGUUGAUAAUGUCCCUCUAUUAAUAGUUAUCACUAGCCUUUCAGAAAUUAUAGGAAUAGAUAUCAGAACAAUGAAUAUUGAAUUCACUUUGAAAAAUCCUCUAAGAUAUGGUUCAGCUACCACUUUCUGCAUCAACAAAUUGUCAACUUGGAUCCUCGUUGGUACUAAUAAAGGAUAUUUGACUUUAUGGGAUCUCCGAUUUAAGUUGAAACUAAAGAGUUGGAGAUUUAAUGGCGGGAAAUCGAUUAAAAAAUUAAGCAGCGCCUUCAAUACUUCCAAGCACUCAUUUUUCACAUUACUAAGUGACAACAAUGGAUUGUCAAUUUAUGAUAUGUCUAAAGGCAAUAUUCAGGAGAUUUACAAUGCAGCGUCGGGAAAUAGACAUAAUGAAUCAUCCAAAAAGACUGCUUCUACCUUGGUAGAAUGUCCUGAAGAUCAAGAUCAAGAUUACGGCGAGGUUUAUGCCGGGGCCAAUGACGACGAUACUCAAAGUGACAACGAUAUGUUUUCUUCUAGAGCUGGUGACUUUUCUUUUGAUGAGAUUGAUCAGGUAAUUGGUCCAGAAAAACUUGACGAUAUUAUGGGCAGAGAUAAUGAUAAGAAGCAAAUUGAGAACCAUAUGUCUGCGUUUACUGAAUUAAAAAUUCCUACCAGCUCCCAUAAAAAGCAGUUGUAUUUGUUCAGCAGUAAUACUUACAAACAUAAUAUUAUGUUCUGGGAUAUUUUCCAUUCUAAUAAUUCAAAAGUGGUCAAUGGUCCUAAAAAUUCGCAGGACUCAAGGAAAAAAAAGGUCCGGCCGACAUUAAUUUCUUCAGCCCAAAAAGAAUCAAUAAGAAAUCAUCAUGCUGUUGUCACAGAUAUGACUUUAUUGCAUAAACCUUUCUUUAUGGUAGUUUCUGGAGAUAGGAAUGGUGUCAUCAAUGUGUAUAAGUGA